AUGUAAGUAGGCAAUAAUGCAGAAGAAGAAAAAAAGAAAAAAGAGAAUGAGGAGGAAUCAAAAGGAGUUGUGACAAUUAAACGGAGAUUGAUAGCUUCUUUUGAUCUUUUCUAAUUUAUGCCUGUUCCCAAAACUGAAUAGGUAUCUUCUAGAAGAAGUUUAUAUGGAAGUCUUUUGAUGAUAGGAUGUUUUUUAGCCUAUUUUAUUUAUACUCUCGUCGCAUUCAUUACAAACAACAGUCCAACAGUAAAUCAGUACGAAGAAAUCUUGGACGCCGUAAAUGUAACAUUACCAGACAUAGCUUUUGGAUACUUUUUUGGAGAUCCGUUUACAAAAACCAUAAAUGACCCUUCAAUCUUCUAUUUUGAGAUGUUCUAAGUAACUAAAUUCUAAGACGUCUCAAAAAAAGAUGUAAAAACAUAAAUCCCGUUACAAUCUUGCAAUCCUGAUUGGGUCCCAGCUUCUAAUUUCACUAUUCUUUGCCCAAAUGUGUCUGGAAAUAUGUCAGGAGCUCUAUAUCAGACUCCGGAGUUUACUUAUCCAAGAGUUUAAGUCAAUUACUGCAGUUAAGGAGGCAACACAUCCUGUAUAAGUUAGUAAGAAAUUGCAUAGAUUGCUGCUGGUGGAAGAAUUUUAUUGUAUGUUCGGGACAAUUCUCCAAAUUUCGAUCUUACAACCGGACAAUCUGUAGAGAGUGUGCCCUAUUCUACUUAUUAAUACUUUCUAAUGCCUGGAUUAUAUCCUAGAACUGAAAUUUUCUUCUAGCUUGAAAAGUACACAAUUAAACCGGAUUUCUUGAGAAGAUGGCAAGAUGAUGUUAGAACUUUUUUGAGCACACAAAAAAUUAACAGUUGGAUUACUAAUGUAAGUGUGUAUAAUACUUACAAUGCGUAUCAAAUAGGAUUUCGGACAGAAUUGACAUAAUAAAUCUCUGUUUUAACUUAUUAAACAUCCUUUGAUAUGAUUUCGAUAGUGGGUGCAUUUUGGGGAGUUUUAUUCUCAACUUUUGCAGCAUAUUUUUUAGUUUAUAAUUAAAAUACUUUUUAUAGAGAGAAUAAAUAAUGGGAAGAUUUUGGUAAAAAGAUAGGUGUCAGAAAAGCAGCCGAUGUCUUUAAUUUAACCGAAGAAGCUCCACAUUCUAAAGUAAACGAUUCUAUUGUCUUUGAAAUGACAGAAAUUCAUCAAGAGAAUAACCAUUCUUAAAAUGAACAGAAUGGAGUUUGA